GUGACACAGCCGCCUUGCCCUUCUUCAUAUGGCGGCGCCUCCCAUGUGAUCGGCCCCGGCGUUGCCAGGCAACGGCAGACGCGGGCCUGCCGGUUGCUCCCAGUAAGGCUGCGCUGGGGGAGACCAGGCCCCACCCGAACGCCUGGGUCCUCGGUAGCAGCGUGGGGGUGUCCCCAGCCGUGCUGGGACCUUUGGAUCCCUUCAGGGGACCCCUCGGGGCUGGGGGUGACAGGGGCACCCACUGCCCCCUCCCAGGGCCGCCAUGGAGAUCACCUACACGUACACGCGGAAGCGCAGCGAGUUCGGGCGGCACUGCAACUUCACCGACUGGCCGGCCAGGGUGACCGUGGACAUCCCGCCCGACCCCAGCAUGGCCGACAACUUCAUCCCACAGGACCCGGUGGACGUCGCCAUCCAGCACAGCUACGACAUGUCGGAGCACGAGGUGAACACCGAGUGGCUGCAGACGGAAUCCCGCGGCGUCAACCACACCGAGGGCGGCUGGCCCAGGGACAUCAACCCGCAGGAGCCGGAGCAGACCGCCCGCUUCAGGAAGAAACUGGAGAAAGAGGAAAACUACAUCAACACCAUCACGUACCUGGGCAGCCUGAUGGAGCACUGCGUCAGGCAGAACAACACCGUCAACAUCUACGAGGAGUACUUUGGCGAGGAGGAGACGGCAGAGGUGGAAGACGAGCCCCCCUCCGCAAAAAUCAUCAACGUCAUCAGGGACCCAAACGUCCCCAAGCGGACGGCCACACGUAUCUCCUGGCAGCCUGGCACGUCCAGGAAACUGGCAGUGGCUUAUUGCAGCCUGGAGUUCCAGCCGAACGUGGAAGACGUGAGCCUUGACUCGUACAUCUGGGAUCUCGUGAAACCCAACAAGCCGGAGCUCACUCUCAAGCCAUCAUCGCCUCUCGUGAGCCUGGAAUACAACCCCAAAGACUCGUACGUCCUGCUGGGAGGAUGCUACAACGGGCAGAUGGCUUACUGGGACACCAGGAAAGGGAAGCUGCCCGUGGAGGUGUCCACCGUGGAGGUCAGCCACCGGGACCCCGUGUACGGAGCCCUCUGGCUGCAGUCCAAAACGGGCACCGACUGCUUCUCGGCCUCCACCGACGGGCAGGUCCUGUGGUGGGACAUCCGCAAGCUCUCCGAGCCCACCGAGACGCUGAUCCUGGACAUCACCCGCAAAGGGCUCCUGGAGAACGCACUGGGGGCCGUCUCGCUGGAGUUUGAGCCCACCCUGCCCACCAAGUUCAUGGUGGGCACAGAGCAGGGCAUCAUCGUCGCCGGCAACCGCAAGGCCAAGUCACCCCUUGAAAAAAUUGCUGGCACCUACAGCGGCCACUUGGGACCCAUCUACGCACUGACCAGGAACCCCUUGUACCCCAAAAUCUUCCUGACGGUUGGCGACUGGACAGCUCGGAUCUGGUCAGAGGAGGCCAAGGAAUCAUCAAUUAUGUGGACCAAGUACCACCUCUCCCACCUGACGGACGGGUGCUGGAGCACGGUGCGGCCGGCCGUCUUCUUCACCGCCAGGUCUGACGGGACCCUGGAUGUCUGGGAUUUCCUCUUCAAGCAGAAGGACCCCUCCCUCAGCUUGAAGGUCUGCAACGAGCCGCUCGCCAGCCUGCGCCUGCAGGACACAGGCCGCGUGGUCGCCUGCGGCUCCAAGGUGGGCACCGUCACCCUGCUGGAGGUCAGCUCCGGGCUCUGCACCCUCCAGAGGAACGAGAAGAACAUGGUCAACGCUAUGUUCGAGCGGGAGACCAAGCGGGAGAAGAUCCUGGAGGCCCGGCACCGGGAAAUGCGGCUGAAGGAGCGCGGCAAGCUGGAGGGCCAGGAGGCGGUGCCGGAGAAGACGGCAGUGGAGGAUCCCCAGGAGGUGCUGGAACGUGUGCGCAAGGAGUUCUUCGAUCAGAUCGAGGCGGAGAUGCGGAGGAAGACACGGGCAGAGACCCAGGACCUGCACGGCAAGGAUAAAGAGCUCUUGGGAGAGGAGGUGGGUGCGCAUGGGAUCCAGCUACCCGAGGAGGAGGGGGCGGAGGAGAAGGAGGAAGAGAAGGAGGAAGAAAAGAAGGAGGAAAAGAAGGAGGAAGAGAAGGAGGAAGAAAAGAAGGAGGAAGAGAAGAAGGAAGAAAAGAAGGAGGAAGAGAAGAAGGAAGAAAAGAAGGAGGAAGAGAAGGAGGAAAAGAAGGAGGAAGAAAAGAAGGAGGAAGAGAAGAAGGAGGAAGAGAAGAAGGAGGAAGAGAAGAAGGAGGAAGAGAAGAAGGAGGAAGAGAAGAAGGAGGAAGAGAAGAAGGAGGAAGAGGAGAAGGAGGAAGAGGAGAAGGAGAAGUUGAAGGAGGACACGGAUGCUGCCAAGGAGCCGUAGCCGAGACGGGAGCAGUGAUCACACAGGUGGGUCACACCUGCACAUUGGGCACAGGUGCUCCCUGGCCCUUUGCCCUCUUGAUUUAGUUUUUGUUCUGAGUGAAUAAACAGGAGUUUUCCGC